CGCCACGACCAGGCCAGUGUCACCAGUGUGUUAUCGGAGUUCGUUCGUGCAACAUCGAGUGCGUCCCUAUAGCCGCAACAUGCGUUCUAUACUUCCCUAUCUGUUGACACUCGCAGUUUGCCACGCCACGAUUGAUGAUUACAAAGCGGAGAGAGCAAAGAUCGUACGAGCUGAAGCCCUCUUAUCUGUAGGGGGAAACUCGACGCUCACGGACAAAGAAUCAGAUGUCAACAACUGUCUAAUGCAACGCAAGUUCCGCGAAGUGGACUACGGAUUUAACAACCCGCAGUCGUAUGCAUUCUCCCGCCAUUUCUUCACAUACAAGAACAAUAUAAACAAUUCUAGAGUGUACAAAAUUAUCAAAGACCUUCCGAAAGGUGCAGCGUUGCAUAUUCACGACAUGGGAAUUUUGGGACCAGAUUAUAUAUUGAAUAUAACGUAUAUGGACAAUUUAUUCGUAUGCUUCGAUAAAGAUGACGUACAGUUUAAGUUUUCUGAUAAAGCUCCAACGGAACCAUGCACCUAUAAGUGGAAUUUAAUUAGUGAUGCAAGACGCUCGUCGAAUAGCACGGUUGACUUUGAUGCGAAGAUACGGAAAUAUUUCACGAUGUAUGUGGACAAUCCAGAUGAUGUUUACCCAAGCAUCAAGGAGUCGUGGGGCAUUUUCAUGCAAUACUUUCAAAGAGUAGCCCCACUACUUACUUAUAGACCGAUAUGGGAACAAUACUGCUAUGAGGUCCUCCGAAAAUUUCGAGAAGACAAUGUGAUGUAUGUAGAAUUCCGUAGCAUACUUCCUGUAUUAUACGAACUGGAUGGCACGGUUUACGAUCCAAUAAUAACUGCGAAAUCCUACAAGAAGACAUUCGAUAGAUUUAAAAAAGAUCACCCAGACUUUUUAGGUGCAAAACUAAUUUAUGCCCCAUCAAGGAGAAUCGACAGAGACAAGUUAGAUGAAUACUUGCGGACAGCUCGAGCUAUUAAAGCUGAAAUAGCGGACAAUUUUGCUGGAUUCGAUCUAGUAGGUCAAGAAGAUUUGGGCAGCCCUCUAAUAGAAUUCAUACCACAGUUAAUAGCUGCAUCCAAAGAUAUGGAUUUCUUCUUUCACGCUGGAGAAACUGAUUGGUACGGAACCACGACAGAUGAGAACCUGAUUGACGCUAUUUUAUUAGGAGCGAAGAGAUUGGGCCACGCGUAUGCCUUACCCAAACAUCCGUUGCUAAUGAAAGCAGUGAUCGAAAGGAAUAUAGGUUUAGAAGUCAAUGUCAUAUCCAAUAACGUUUUAUCUUUAGUGCGGGAUGUACGGAAUCAUCCGUUGAGCGGUUUUCUUGCAAACGGUAUGCCGGUAGUGCUAUCUAGUGAUGAUCCCGGUAUUUGGGAGGCUGAUCCUUUGUCAAACGAUUUUUAUGUCGCGUUUGUCGGAGUUGCCAGUCGCCUCGCUGAUUUGAGGAUGUUGAAACAAUUGGCGUUCAAUUCUAUCGAAUACAGUGCUCUGAAGGGUAGUGCUAAAGAGGAAGGAAUUGUUAUGUUGACGAAGCAUUGGAACACAUUUAUUGAAAAUUUUGACUGUUCGAAGUACUGAGUGGAUAAUUAAAUUAUGUAUUGUGAA